GAAGAGGCAUUUUCGUUUUCGUUUUCGUUUUCAUUUUCAAAGAGCUAAGGCGUGUGCUUUUGGGCUGUGUUGUACUGAAAUUCCCCUUCUCUCUCUCUCUCUCUCUCUCGCUUUUCUCCGUUUUCAAAUACAACUCACAAUUUUAGAAUUUUAGCAUUCAAAUUCAAAUUCCAUUUUCUCGACUUUGGUAUACUCUCCAUAUUGGAUCUGAUCAGAUCCAAUCCGAUCUGGUCUGGUCUCAUCUCUUCUCUUCUCAAUUUCUGCGACCAUGAAGGCAGAAAAGGCCAUGGAGCCCAACGAGAAGAAAUCUGUGGCGGCAGUUUCCGAUGUCGGAGCCUGGGCCAUGAACGUCGUCAGCUCCGUCGGAAUUAUCAUGGCUAACAAGCAGCUCAUGUCCUCUUCUGGCUACGCUUUCACUUUCGCCACCACUCUAACUGGAUUCCAUUUCGCCGUCACUGCCAUGGUCGGUCUGGUCUCCAAUGCUACCGGAUACUCUGCAUCUAAACACGUCCCUCUCUGGGAGCUUUUCUGGUUCUCCAUCGUUGCUAACAUGUCCAUCACUGGGAUGAACUUCAGCCUCAUGCUCAACUCAGUCGGGUUUUACCAGAUUUCCAAGCUGAGCAUGAUUCCGGUGGUGUGCGUGAUGGAGUGGAUUAUUCACAGCAAGCACUACUCGAGAGAAGUUAAGAUGGCUGUGAUCGUUGUGGUUAUUGGCGUUGGUGUUUGCACUGUCACUGAUGUCAAAGUCAAUCUCAAAGGCUUCAUUUGUGCUUGCGUAGCUGUCCUCUCAACCUCUUUGCAGCAAAUUACCAUAGGUUCCCUACAAAAGAAGUACUCAAUUGGAUCUUUUGAACUGCUGAGCAAGACGGCUCCAAUUCAAGCUCUGUCUCUCCUUGUUCUUGGUCCGUUCAUUGAUUAUUUCCUUAGUGGGAAAUUAAUAACAAGCUACAAGAUGUCUUCGGGUGCCAUUCUAUUCAUUCUUCUUUCGUGCUCCCUAGCCGUGUUCUGCAAUGUGAGUCAGUACCUCUGCAUAGGGCGGUUCUCGGCCGUUUCGUUCCAGGUUUUAGGCCACAUGAAAACGGUGUGCGUGCUCACACUAGGGUGGUUGCUCUUCGAUUCAGAGCUGACGUUCAAGAACAUCAUGGGGAUGGCUCUUGCAGUGGUUGGGAUGAUAAUCUAUAGUUGGGCCGUGGAGCUAGAGAAACAAGCCAAUUCCAAGGCUUUAACAAGUGUGAAAAAUAGCAUGACAGAAGAGGAGAUCAGGUUGUUGAAAGAAGGAAUGGAGUCUGGGAAAGAUGUUCAAUUGGGUGAUUCCAAAGUAUAAAAUAUUAUUUGAAAUGAAAUUUGAAUACGGGAGUUGGUAUUAUUAUCAUUACUACUCAUGUGGGGGGGUUUGGUUUACUACUUCAUCAUCUUUGUAUUUUGGUGCACACAAAAUUUCUUCUUUUGAAUUGGGGAUUUUUCACUUUGGAAAGAGUGGUAUUAAUUUAUUCAUUGUUCUUUCUUUCUUUCUUCACCGUAAUGUAGCUGAGACUGAGAGAGCAAUUGUGAUGUAAAAACGCCAAUCUAAAUCUGAGAGAGCUCCAAGGUCUUAUUUAUUUA